GUGUGCUAACUGUCGUGAAAGCACAUCGACGGAGAAAGAAGGUAGCAGGACGCUAAUAAGUCAGUCUUAUUAUUUCUUAUCCAGUUUGAAAUAUUUACGUCGUAUAAAAUACAUCUUUGAUUCUUUAUUUAAGGAUAAAGUCGUCUCGAUGCGCUCGAAGCACUGUGCCGCUUCUCCUGCUAUCUUUGCUUGUUAGUUAGCUUAGCUCGCUAGUUAGCUUAGCUUGUUAGCUGCUAACAAAGAGACGCGGACGUUAUCAACACAUCGCUAAGUAGAGAUCAAAUGUGAGUGUAAAGUGUUGUGAUUGUGUGAAAAUGUGCCAAAGAACGAUAGCAAAGUAUGAGGAGGAACUUUGUCCAACAAAAGAGGAGAACUAUCAACUACUGGACGCUGUUUUCAAGAAACAUCAAGUUGUGUUACACAGAACAGACCUCGAUGAAAAACAUCUUCCUCAUGAGCAGGAGGAGGAACCACAGUCCCCCCACAUACAUGAGGAAGAAGAGGUACCACAUUCCCAACACAUCAAAGAAGAAGGAGAGGAGCCACAGCCCCCCCACAUUAAAGAGGAAGACGAGACGCCACAGACCCAUAGUGUUAAACUGACCCUUCACAUUAAAGGCCAAGUGGAGGACCCACUGAUGUUACACAUCAAAAAUGAAGAGGAGGACCCACUGACCCCUCACUUUAAGGAGCAAGAGAACCGGCUGAGCCCUCACAUUGAAGAGGAAAAGGAGGACCCACUGAACCCCUACUUUAAAGAGGAAGAGGAGGACCAAGAGCCGCUGCACAUUAAAGAGGAAGAGGAGGAACACAGCAUCAGUCAGCCUAAAUGGUUGGAGGAGUUCCCAGUGACUGGUGUCCCUGUGAAGAGUGAAGAUGAUGAGGUCAAAGGUGAAAGUGAGGAGAAGAGAGAGGCGGAGCCUCCAAGCAGCAGCUCAACACAACACAUGACAACAGAAGCUGAUGGAGACCACUGUGGAGGAUCACAAGCAGACAAGCUCUUAGCUCCACUAUCAGAUAGUGAGGACACAACGUCACACUCUCCUGACACUGAUGAUGAAGACUCUAAAGAUGAUAAGACAAACACUCACUUCAAAUGUUCUCACUGUGACAAAACCUUUAAAUACCAUUGUCAUCUUAAAACACACAAAACAACACACACUGGAGAAAAACCUUUUAUCUGUUCAAUCUGUAGUAAAGGUUUUGCUCUAAGUAAAUAUUUGAACGUGCACACGAGAACACACACUAGUGAAAAACCUUUUUCCUGUUCAACCUGUGGUAAAGGUUUUACACAAAGUCAACAUUUGAAAAGACACAUGAGAACACACACUGGAGAAAAACCUUUUAUCUGUUCAAUCUGUAGUAAAGGUUUUGCUCUAAGUAAAUAUUUGAAAGUGCACACGAGAACACACACUGGUGAAAAACCUUUUAUUUGUUCAAUCUGUGGUAAACGUUUUGUUCUAAGUCACAAUUUGAAAGCGCACAUGAGAAGACAUACUGGUGAAAAACAUUUUUCCUGUUCAACCUGUGGUAAAGGUUUUGCACAAAGUCAAGAUUUGAAAGUACACAUGAGAACACACACUAGUGAAAAACCUUUUUCCUGUUCAACCUGUGGUAAAGGUUUUACACAAAGUCAUCAUUUGAAAAGACACAUGAGAACACACACUGGAGAAAAACCUUUUUCCUGUUCAACCUGUGGUAAAGGUUUUACACAAAGUCAAGAUUUGAAAGUACACAUGAGAGCACACACUGGUGAAAAACCUUUUUCUUGUUCAAUCUGUGGUAAAGGUUUUCUUCUAAGUAAAUAUUUAAAAGUGCACAUGAGAACACACACUGGUGAGAAACCUUUCACAUGUUCAAUCUGCAACAGAAGCUUUUGUGACCGAUCAAACCUUGCAGCACACAUGAGAACACACCCAGGAGAGAAAGUGUUGAGUUGCAGUGUGUGUGGUGAAAGAUUCUCUCAUAAGUACCAGUGUAAGAAACACAAGUGUGCUGGUGAGAACAGCAGCAGCAAAUGAAACUGCAGGAUUUGAAAUAAACUGUCAAGACUUUAAUUUGGACUUUCUAACAACAUCAGCACAUACAACAUGUGUGACAUUGUUGUUUUUGUAACAAUCUUUUUAAUAUGCUCCUACAUUUAUAGAUUGGAUAGUUUGAAAUAUGGAAGUAUUACAUAUUUGUAUUUCUAUUUGUUAAUGAUCCCAUAGAUUAGCCCCUGUUUAUGUUAUACAUAUGUACUGGUUCACAUCUGAAACAUCUUCUGGACCACUUCAGGAAGCAUAUUAUUAUUUACUUUACACAUUAUUUGAACAGUUGUCUUUUAUUAACCUUUAAAAUGUGUGACUUAAUGAAUCAUUUGUUGGGUCUUUAUAAUCCAUUUGAUUAAUUAUCUUUAUUACUCUCUUUUGUAAUAUGAUGAUUGUGUUGUGAUUAUUUUAAAUGUAUGUCCCCAGACCUUUAUGCAAUAUAAAAGUGAGAGAA